AUGAUGUCAUUUAAUCCAUGGAAUGUCAUACUGUUACUGUAUGCAACAUUCUCUGUUUUGGACCUUCCACAAAGUCCGAUAACUUCGGAGGAAAUAGAAGUGAAGGAGAAGGUUGAAUACAUGCUGAAAGCAAUUGGAAAUGAUAACGAAUUUGAAACAGAAGAGGAGCAAGCACUAGAUUUUUAUGAUCCAAAUGAGAUUCCACAUGCAGAAACAGUUGAUUUGUUAGAUCAUGUUGAAGAUAAGAAUUAUCUUCCAGAAGAAGUUAUUUAUACUUCUGUUGAAGCAGCAAUAUCAAACGACUACAAAAGACAAGCUGUGGAAUACUAG